AUGAUAUUCACUAUUUACAGGCGAGCAAUUUUAAUGCUAACAUUCUUUAUAUAUCUAUUUGCAAAAAUAAUUGAUGCUCAACAGUUACCUGAUACAAAUGAUGCUUGUAGUCCAAUUACAGAUCCAAUCAAUGGAUUUAAAGUGAGAUGGUAUAAUUAUACCUAUAAUGAUGGUACCACCUUUAGUAACUUAGAUUACAUGGCCCAUGGAUAUUAUGAAAACUCCGCACCAUAUUAUUUUCAAAACGGUAUUACUACUGUUUCUUUUGCAACAGGAUAUCCAUGUUAUUACAAUGAAAGCGAUUUGUCUGAUUAUUUUAUUUGUAAAACAGCUCAUUAUUUUUUAAAUCCUGGUGUAAGUUAUCCAUGGACUUGUCCAGAUGCAGAUACUCCAUAUAAUAGUUAUAUUUGUUUCAGUAGUGAUAUAGAUGUUUCAACAAUGCCAUUAGUGUACGGAUAUAAUACGACUUUUACUAAUUUCACAAUGGAAGUUAGUGGUUAUUUUUUAGCUCCAGAAACCGGUAAUUAUACUUUUACGCUAGAAAAUGUCGAUGAUUCUGCUGGUGUUCUAUUUGGGGAUGAUGCCUUUGGAUGUUGCGAACAAAAUGAUAUUACUGCUACAUCAACUGAUUUUUUUCUUAAUGCUAUUAGAGGUUGGUAUUCAGGAAUAGAUGGUGACAGUUCAAGUGAAAAGAUGCUAAUUGGUGGACUAUAUUAUCCACUAAGAAUUGUAUUUACAAAUGCCUUAUCAAAGGCAAAUAUGAAUUUCACAGUAACUUUACCAGAUGGAACAGUAAUUAGUGAUUUUACAAAUUACGUAUUUACGUUUGAUGAAGAAGAAUCUUAUUGUCCUCCUUCCACAAUAACAGUUCCAUGGUCUGGAACAUAUACUUCUACUUUUACAACAAAAACUACUACUUUUAUGGGCUCUAAUGGUGUAAAUACAAUUUCCAGUAUUAUUUAUAUAGAAACACCUGAAGUUGAUGCUGUUACCACCACCUAUACUCAAUGGACUGGUGCAUUUGCUACUACCAUUGGUACUAGUGUUACUACUGUGAUUGGAUCUGAUGGUUUACCUACCACAUCCACCAUCUACACAGUUGAGACUCCUGAGGUUGAUUCGUCUACUACUGUGAUUACUGGAUGGACUGGAUCAUACACUUCAACUUACUCCACUAGUAUAUUCACUACAACUGGUAGCGAUGGUAAUCCAACCACAUCAACUAUUAUCUACGUUGAAACACCAGAUGUUGAUGCUUCAACAACUACUACAACAGGAUGGACUGGAUCGUAUAUUAGUACCUAUUCCACCAGUAUAUACACCGUAACAGGAACAGAUGGAAAUCCAACUACAUCCACUAUCAUCUACGUCGAAACACCAGAUGUUGAUGCUUCAACCACUGUGAUUACUGGAUGGACUGGAUCAUACACUUCAACUUACUCCACUAGUAUAUUCACCACAACUGGUAAUGAUGGUAAUCCAACCACAUCUACUAUCAUCUACGUCGAAACACCAGAUGUUGAUGCUUCAACCACUGUGAUUACUGGAUGGACUGGAUCAUACACGUCUACCUAUUCUACAAGUAUAUUCACCACAACUGAUAGCGAUGGUAAUCCAACUACAUCUACUAUCAUCUACGUCGAAACACCAGAUGUUGAUGCUUCCACCACUGUGAUUACUGGAUGGACUGGAUCAUACACUUCAACUUAUUCCACCAGUAUAUUCACAGUAACAGGAACAGAUGGAAAUCCAACUACAUCUACUAUCAUCUACGUCGAAACACCAGAUGUUGAUGCUUCCACCACUGUGAUUACUGGAUGGACUGGAUCAUACACUUCAACUUACUCCACUAGUAUAUUCACCACAACUGGUAAUGAUGGUAAUCCAACCACAUCUACUAUCAUCUACGUCGAAACACCAGAUGUUGAUGCUUCAACCACUGUGAUUACUGGAUGGACUGGAUCAUACACGUCUACCUAUUCUACAAGUAUAUUCACCACAACUGAUAGCGAUGGUAAUCCAACUACAUCUACUAUCAUCUACGUUGAAACACCAGAUGUUGACGCUUCCACCACUGUGAUUACUGGAUGGACUGGAUCAUACACUUCAACUUACUCCACUAGUAUAUUCACCACAACUGGUAAUGAUGGGAAUCCAACUACAUCUACUAUUAUCUACGUUGAAACACCAGAUGUUGAUGCUUCAACCUCUGUGAUUACUGGAUGGACUGGAUCAUACACAUCUACCUAUUCUACAAGUAUAUUCACCACAACUGAUAGCGAUGGUAAUCCAACUACAUCCACAAUCAUUUACGUCGAAACACCAGAUGUUGAUGCUUCAACCACUGUGAUUACUGGAUGGACUGGGUCAUACACUUCAACUUACUCCACUAGUAUAUUCACUACAACUGGUAGCGAUGGUAAUCCAACCACAUCAACUAUCAUCUACGUCGAAACACCAGAUGUUGACGCUUCCACCACUGUGAUUACUGGAUGGACUGGAUCAUACACGUCUACCUAUUCUACAAGUAUAUUCACCACAACUGAUAGCGAUGGUAAUCCAACUACAUCUACUAUUAUCUACGUUGAAACACCAGAUGUUGAUGCUUCAACAACUACUACAACAGGAUGGACUGGAUCGUAUAUUAGUACCUAUUCCACCAGUAUAUACACCGUAACAGGAACAGAUGGAAAUCCAACUACAUCCACUAUCAUCUACGUCGAAACACCAGAUGUUGAUGCUUCAACCACUGUGAUUACUGGAUGGACUGGAUCAUACACUUCAACUUACUCCACUAGUAUAUUCACCACAACUGGUAAUGAUGGUAAUCCAACCACAUCUACUAUCAUCUACGUCGAAACACCAGAUGUUGACGCUUCCACCACUGUGAUUACUGGAUGGACUGGAUCAUACACUUCAACUUACUCCACUAGUAUAUUCACCACAACUGGUAAUGAUGGUAAUCCAACCACAUCUACUAUCAUCUACGUCGAAACACCAGAUGUUGAUGCUUCAACCACUGUGAUUACUGGAUGGACUGGAUCAUACACGUCUACCUAUUCUACAAGUAUAUUCACCACAACUGAUAGCGAUGGUAAUCCAACUACAUCUACUAUCAUCUACGUCGAAACACCAGAUGUUGAUGCUUCCACCACUGUGAUUACUGGAUGGACUGGAUCAUACACUUCAACUUACUCCACUAGUAUAUUCACCACAACUGGUAAUGAUGGUAAUCCAACCACAUCUACUAUCAUCUACGUCGAAACACCAGAUGUUGAUGCUUCAACCACUGUGAUUACUGGAUGGACUGGAUCAUACACGUCUACCUAUUCUACAAGUAUAUUCACCACAACUGAUAGCGAUGGUAAUCCAACUACAUCUACUAUCAUCUACGUCGAAACACCAGAUGUUGACGCUUCCACCACUGUGAUUACUGGAUGGACUGGAUCAUACACUUCAACUUACUCCACUAGUAUAUUCACCACAACUGGUAAUGAUGGGAAUCCAACUACAUCUACUAUUAUCUACGUUGAAACACCAGAUGUUGAUGCUUCAACCACUGUGAUUACUGGAUGGACUGGAUCAUACACUUCAACUUACUCCACUAGUAUAUUUACUACAACUGGUAACGAUGGUAAUCCAACUACAUCCACAAUCAUCUACGUCGAAACACCAGAUGUUGAUGCUUCAACCACUGUGAUUACUGGAUGGACUGGAUCAUACACAUCUACCUAUUCUACAAGUAUAUUCACCACAACUGAUAGCGAUGGUAAUCCAACUACAUCUACUAUCAUCUACGUUGAAACACCAGAUGUUGAUGCUUCAACCACUGUGAUUACUGGAUGGACUGGAUCAUACACAUCUACCUAUUCUACAAGUAUAUUCACCACAACUGAUAGCGAUGGUAAUCCAACUACAUCCACAAUCAUUUACGUCGAAACACCGGAUGUUGAUGCUUCAACCACUGUGAUUACUGGAUGGACUGGAUCAUACACGUCUACCUAUUCUACAAGUAUAUUCACCACAACUGAUAGCGAUGGUAAUCCAACUACAUCUACUAUCAUCUACGUUGAAACACCAGAUGUUGACGCUUCCACCACUGUGAUUACUGGAUGGACUGGAUCAUACACUUCAACUUAUUCCACCAGUAUAUUCACAGUAACAGGAACAGAUGGAAAUCCAACUACAUCUACAAUCAUCUACGUCGAAACACCAGAUGUUGAUGCUUCAACUACUGUAAUUACUGGAUGGACUGGAUCAUACACUUCAACUUACUCCACUAGUAUAUUUACUACAACUGGUAACGAUGGUAAUCCAACUACAUCCACUAUUAUCUACGUCGAAACACCAGAUAUUAAUAGAUUAAGUACAACCACUAUUGGUUGGGGCGGUGGUUUUACUAGUACGUUUUCAACUGAGAGAUUUAUUGUUACUGGCAGUGAUGGUAUUCCUACUACAUCUACUAUUAUAUAUGUGGAAACACCAACGUUUGGCUAUUUCAACACUUCAUCUAGUUCCACUGGUUCUUCCAGCUCUGUUACAAUACCUGGAAGUACGACUGAGGAAAUGGUAUCUACAGUUAUAACUUUAUCGUCUGGCGAUAUUUCGAAAAGUAUCCCUAUUGCUUCAACAUUGUUUUCUAGUACAAGUAGUUCUUUUGAUAUCUAUAGCAGUACCGAAAGUUAUAUGUCAUCAAGUUUGAUAACAAGUAUUACAAGUCCUGCAACUUCAUCGCCAGUGAGUUCAAGCAGUUCUACUUAUAACUCAUAUAGCAUUCCUGCAAGCAGUACAUCAUUAAGCUACACUAUUAGUAGUACAGAUGUUACAACUUUAUCACAAUUAAGCCUGAGUAGUUCGACCUACAACUCAUUUAGCAGUGAUAUUAUCGAAAGUUCUACUUAUAUUACCUAUAGCAGCACUGAAACUUAUCCAUCAUCGAGUUCUAUUACAAAUAGUAUUACAGCUACUACAAAAUCAUUACCAUUAAGUAUGAGUAGUUCCACCUAUAACUCAUAUAGUAGUGAUAUUAUUGUAAGUUCUCUAUCAUUAGGUUCUAUUAGUUAUACCGAUAGCUCCUAUAGCAGUAGUAUUGCAAGUUCUAUUCAUAUUGUCUCUAGUAGUACUGAAAGCUAUACGCCAUCGAGUCCGAUUAUAUCUAUUAGUACGGCUAGUACAAGAUCAUUACCAUUAAGCAUGAGUAGUUCAGCCUACACCUCAUUUAGUAGUGAUACUAUUGAAAGUUCUACUUAUAUUACCUAUAGCAGUACCGAAAGUUAUGCACCAUCAAGUUCCAUUGUUACUUCUAGUACAAUUACUUCAAAUUCAUCACCAUCAAGUUUGAGUAGUUCUAUUUAUGUUGUCUCUAGCAGUACUGAAAGUUAUACAUCAUCAAGUUUGAUUAUAACUAUUAGUACAGAUGUUACAAGUUCAUUACCAUUAAGUUCCAUUGCAACUAUCAGCACGGCCAGUACAAGUUCAUUACCAUUAAGCAUGAGUAGUUCAGCCUACAGCUCAUUUAGUAGUGAUACUAUUGAAAGUUCUACUUAUAUCACCUAUAGCAGUGCCGAAAGUUAUGCACCAUCAAGUUCCAUUGUUAUUUCUAGUAUAGUUAGUACAAUUUCGUCACCAUCAAGUUUGAGUAGUUCUAUUUAUAUUGUCUCUAGCAGUACUGAAAGUUAUACAUCAUCAAGUUCGAUUAUAACUAUUAGUACAGAUGUUACAAGUUCAUUACCAUUAAGUUCCAUUGCAACUAUCAGUACAGAUGUUACAAGUUCAUUACCAUUAAUCACGAGUAGUUCAGCCUACAGCUCAUUUAGCAGUGAUGUUGUUGAAAGUUCUACUUAUGUUUCCUAUAGCAGUACUGAAGGUUAUACAUCAUCUAGUUUGGUUAUAAGUAGUACAUACCCUACAAGUUCAUUACCAUUAAGUUUUAAUAAUUCUAGCUAUAUUUCCUAUAGCAGUGCUGAAGGUUAUACAUCAUCUAGUUUGAUUAGAAGCGGUGCAGCUACUACAAUUUCGUCACCAUCAAGUUUGAGUGGUUCCAUUUAUGUUGUCUCUAGCAGUACUGAAAGUUAUACACCAUCAAGUUCGCUUAUAACUAUCAGUACAGAUGUUACAAGUUCAUUACCAUUAAUCACGAGUAGUUCAGCCUACAGCUCAUUUAGCAGUGAUGUUGUUGAAAGUUCUACUUAUGUUUCCUAUAGCAGUACUGAAGGUUAUACAUCAUCUAGUUUGGUUAUAAGUAGUACAUACGCUACAAGUUCAUUACCAUUAAGUUUUAAUAAUUCUAGAUCUAUUUCCCGCAGCAGUACUCAAAGUCAUACACCAUCAAGUUUUGUUAUAAGUAUUAGUACAGAUGUUACAAGUUCAUUACCAUUAAGUUCCAUUGUAACUAUCAGUACAGAUGUUACAAGUUCAUUACCAUUAAUCGCGAGUAGUUCAGCCUACAGCUCAUUUAGCAGUGAUGCUGUUGAAAGUUCUACUUAUAUUACCUAUAGCAGUACUGAAGGUUCUACAUCAUCUAGUUUGAUUACAAGUAGUACAGAUGUUACAAGUUCAUUACCAUUAAGUUCCAUUGCAACUAUCAGCACGACUAGUACAAGUUCAUUACCAUUAAGCAUGAGUAGUUCAGCCUACAACUCAUUUAGCGGUGAUGCUGUUGAAAGUUCUACUUAUAUUACCUAUGGCAGUACUGAAGGUUAUACAUCAUCUAAUUUGAUUAUGAGUAGUACAGAUGCUACAAGUUCAUUACCAUUAAGUUUUAAUAAUUCCAGCUAUACAACUUACAGCAGUACUGAAAGUUAUACACCAUCUAGUUUGAUUAUGAGCAGUGCAGAUGUUACGAAACCAUUACCAUUAAGUUCGAGUAGUUCCACUUAUAGCACAUUUACUAAUAGUAAAAAUGUACCAAGAUCAAGUUCUGUUUUGAGUGGUAAUAUUGUUACAAAUUCAUUGUCAUUUACACCUAAUAGUUUUACUUCCAGUGUUUCUUCUGCAAUGCCAAUCACUACGAUCACAGUUACAAAUAUUAGUACAGUUACAGAUUCUGCAACGACAUAUAUUACUUAUGUUACAUAUACUAGUACAGAAUCUACUUUCGGUAAAAAUAAUGGGAAUGGUUAUACUACUACUAUUACACCAAGUUUGUCAAGUAUCAACAUUCUUUCGAGUACUGAUAGUGCUACGACAACAACUUUUAGCAAUGGUGCGGUUACUUCUACUAUUAUUAAUUCAAAGAACACAAAUGUCGAGAACAGUAAUACUAAGAGCAAUGAGGGCACUACAAUUAUUGAUAAUAGCACACAUGUGUACCCUGUUACAACUGAAACAAAUAGUAUGGAAUUUACCACCAAGACUACGCCUACUACUAUUAAAACGACCACAGAUACUUUGAGCACUACUUCAAGUACCGGAGAAUAUACCUCCACCAUUACUACCAAUAAUAACAACAAUAUUAGUGAAACCCAAAAUACAUCCAAAACAUCCGAUACUAAUAACAUUGUUACAACGUUAACUACUGCUGAUACUGGUGCCACUACUAUCACACCAAUUGUUUCUACGCAACCAGUUACGACAUCAUUCAAUACUGCAACUGUUAACAGUAGUGCUUAUUCAUUUUCGAUUUAUACAGCUGGUGUUCGUAAAAACACACCAUCUAUAUCAUUAAGUGUUUUCUUUAUGAUUUUUAUUUCAUUUUUUUGA